CUUCGGCGAAGAGAAGCAAAGGGGACAAAGAAAAAAAUAACUCUCAAAAUGGAAAUAAAUCUCAUUGCUAGAGAUAUCAAUCCAAAAGAGACUCGUUUUAACUAGUCUUAAUUAAAGUAACUACUUCAAGGCGAGGUUCUCGGGCGGAGAGAGGAAAACUCGGCAAACGGUAUUUUUGCUGGAAUCACUAGGAUUUUUCCAUCAGGAUUUGAUUCAAAACGCCUGGAUAUUCUUUCGGCAUGUUACAACGCAGAAUGAUUUUGUUCCAUCUCUACAGGUUGGCACUUUCUUUUCACAUAACGGGAGCAAUUUUAGACGUCUACCUAAUCACCGACCUCAAUUCUAAGAAUGAGUUUCCCCUCUCUUGUGUGUCUGGUGAGCGUCACCCAGAUGGAUUGGAACUUAAAAUGGAAAAGGAUAGUUCGAUAAUUAAAGUGACUCAAAACAAGUUUCACUAUAACCGAGACCCGAAGAAGCACAAUCGUGUUCUGGGGAGAUGCUUCUGUAAGGAAUGGGAACAGAUGGGCAUCUACUACUGUGAAGCAAGACGGCAAAUGGAGAAAACACAUGUUGUGACAAUUAUUAACAGCGUUAAAGCUGAUUUCUACCCUAACAGACUCACAACCACAGUGAACAGGGGCGAAACUGCUUUCCUUCAAGUGCAGAAGCAGAAUUUGUUAAACGAGGAUGUCAUGUUGAAAUGCAAUGGUAGCUACGUGAGUACAAUCCACACCAAUGAAAUAAAAAAUGGGACUGUUCCCUUGGAGUUUGAAAAUGCGAGUUCAUCUCACACCUGUGUUUAUAGCACAACAGUACUCAGUGGCAAUAUUCUACAAGGUGCCUUCUUCAGACUUAUAGUCCGAGCCUGUCCUGAUAAGAAAUGGGGCACAUCAUGUGAUAAAACAUGCCCUGAUUGUCUGAAUGGAGGGAUCUGUCACGAAGGUACUGGGGAAUGUAUCUGUGGACCAGGCUACACAGGAGAAAAUUGUCAAUUUGUCUGCGAAGAAGGAAAAUUUGGUCGCAAUUGCCAAGAGGAGUGUACACCUCAAAAGCGCUGCAGUGGUUACAGGUUCUGUCUGCCCGAUCCCUAUGGCUGCUCUUGUGCUGCAGGUUGGCACGGGAAGAAAUGCAAUGAAGUUUGUAGCCCAAACACCUAUGGACCUGAAUGUAGGCUGAAAUGUCAGUGUCAGAAUGGAGCAGAAUGUGAUCGAUUCCGUGGGUGUAAAUGCACAGCCGGAUGGCGCGGCCUAAACUGUGAGAAAUCAGAUCACAUUCCUAAGAUACUGGACACAUUUACCGAAGUUGAAUUGAACCUCAAGUCAAGUCCCAUAAUGAGAUGUUCUUCUUCAGCUAUACCGUUGCCCAUCAAUGGAGAAAUACAGAUCCGUAAGCCAACCAAUGUAAUUCUAAAGGCAAUGAAAUCGAUCAUGCAAGGGAACCUAACUACUUCAGAAUUCAAAUUGCCGCAGGUCAGUCUACAGGAUGAAGGUGUAUGGGAGUGUGGGGUCAACACAUCUACUGGCACUGACUCCAGGAAGUUCAAAGUCAUCGUAAAAGUUCCUCCUACUCCAGUAAAUAUCCCAAGUAUCUUGGAAAAGAAGAGCAAGCAACUAAAGGUGAAUCCAAAUAUUGAAAACUUCACUGGAGAUGGACCAGUGAAAUCAGUUAAACUCCUUUACAAGCCAAAUGACAGUCGGACACAAUGGUCUACAAUAGUAGUUGAUACUAAUGAACCAAUCACUGUAAUGAAUUUGAAGCCUUCAACGCGUUACCUAGUUCGGGUACAGCUCACCCGCCCAGGAGAAGGAGGAGAGGGCCCCCCAGGUCCUGAUGCCAUCUUGGAGACGGAUUGCCCAGAACCCACAGUGGUGGCAAAGAUUGACCGGGUCUUGACCAAGAAGAGAGAUACCAUCUCCGUCAGCUGGAAUAUUUCCAAAGAUCACGGGAAUGGAAGUGGAUUCAUCGUCCGAGUGACUGACCUUGAGAAUUCUGUUAAGAGGGAGGUUCGAGUGGAGUCCUUCUCAGUGCGAUCCACGGAGAUCAGAAAUCUGGAGCCUGGACACAGAUAUGAGGUGGAUGUCAUUGUAUUCUACUGUGGUAGCCUUGGGCGCCCAUCAGAGAAGGUUCUAGUAAAAGUGGAUGCAGGUCCUCCAUCUCCCAGACAGCUCCAGGCCACUCCCUUGUCCCUGACCAGCAUAAGCUUGAAGUGGCAGCCACCUCUCAACACUAAGGAAAUAAACAAAUAUACCAUUGAGUACCAGCAGAUGGAACCGCCCAGUGAGCCCAGAUGGAUUGAUACAGCAGCUAGAAAUGAGACCAUUCAGGAUCUGAGUCCAAGCACACUGUAUCAGUUCCGCGUCCGUGCCCAGUCUAAAGUUGCAGGUGAAUGGAGUGCUCCCAUCACGUGCUGGACAUUCAGUGACUCAAUUCCUCCAGCACCUUAUGAUGUUAAGGUAUCAAACAUUACCGACACAUCUGCGGUGAUCUCCUGGGUGGUACCUCCAAAGCAUGCCAUCUCCUCUGUGGUUAUAAAGUGUAAAGUCUAUGGGGCCACAACAUCUCCUGAAGUGACAACGAUCAAUUUGGCGGAGACGCCAACCUCAGAGCACGUCUUGCGUGGGUUGCGGCCCGAAACCCCCUACCUAGUGGAGGUUGUAGCCAUGAACAAUAUGGGUGAAAGCCACCCAAACCCAAUGAAAGAGCUUCGCACUGCAGCAACUCCACCAGCUACAUCAAGUGUGUUUCGAAGAACGGAACCUUUGGAAAAACCCCAUAGAAGUGACCAGCAGCUCUUAAUGGCCAUUGUGGCCUCAGUAUCUGUCACCUGUAUGACCAUCCUCUUGGCGCUCCUGGGCCUCUUCUGCAUACGGAAAACUCUAUUUCACCGACGUCGAACCUUCACUUACCAGUCUGGAUCAGGUGAAGAGACUGUCCUUCAGUUUAACUCUGGAACUCUGACGCUCACACGUCGACCAAAACCCCAGCCUGAGCCCCUCACCUACCCCAUCUUAGAAUGGGAUGACAUUAAAUUUGAGGAUGUUAUUGGAGAAGGAAAUUUUGGACAAGUGAUCAAAGCCUUAAUUAAAAAGGAUGGGCUGAAGAUGAAUGCUGCGAUCAAAAUGCUGAAAGAAUUUGCCUCUGAGAAUGAUCACAGGGACUUUGCGGGAGAGUUGGAGGUUCUGUGUAAACUUGGACAUCAUCCCAACAUCAUUAAUCUACUGGGGGCCUGUGAGAACAGAGGUUACCUGUACAUUGCUAUUGAAUAUGCCCCUUAUGGAAAUCUGUUGGACUUCUUACGAAAGAGCAGAGUUUUGGAGACAGAUCCAGUGUUUGCAAGAGAGCACGGAACUGCGUCAACGCUGACCUCUCAGCAGCUGCUCCAGUUUGCAUCUGAUGUCACGAAAGGAAUGCAGUAUCUGAGUGAGAAGCAGUUCAUUCACAGGGAUCUUGCAGCCAGAAAUGUUCUCGUGGGAGAAAACCUGGUGGCUAAAAUCGCAGACUUUGGGCUGUCCCGAGGAGAAGAGGUGUAUGUAAAAAAGACCAUGGGGCGGCUUCCAGUACGUUGGAUGGCAAUUGAGUCCUUGAACUACAGUGUCUAUACAACAAAAAGCGAUGUCUGGUCAUUUGGAGUGCUGUUGUGGGAGAUUGUCAGCCUUGGGGGAACGCCAUACUGUGGAAUGACAUGUGCUGAACUCUAUGAGAAAUUACCUCAAGGCUUCCGAAUGGAGAAACCCCUCAACUGUGAUGAUGAAGUCUAUGAAUUCAUGAGACAGUGCUGGAGAGAUCGGCCCCAUGAAAGACCAACCUUUGCUCAGAUAUCAGUGCAGUUGAACCGAAUGCUCGAAGCAAGAAAGGCUUACGUGAACACAGCUUUGUUUGAAAACUUCACAUAUGCUGGAAUCGAUGCCACAGCGGAAGAAGUGUGACACUGGACUUGUACAAACAUCCACAGUACCCAGGAUGCUGUAGAUCCAGUACUGUUGCCAAGGGAUCAGGUUUCGAUGACUCUGCUACCUAUCCCAAGACGCUGACUGCUUGCACUAUGAGCCAAAACAAAACAAAACGCAGAAUAACCUAUGAAACAAGUUGAUUCCUCGGCAUUGUAAAGCACGUUUGGGAAUUGAGCAUAAUCCCAUGGCAGAGUGGAAUACUGCAUCUAACCCCGGUGAUGGAGUGAUGAACUUCCUGUCAUCUCGUGUGGUAUGACCAGUACCGAGAUUCACUUGGAAAUCAGCUGCGGAAAUAUCCUUGACAAUGGGAUGAUUCUCAAGGUCCAUACUCCUUGCAACAUGGCAAUGAGAGCUGACUUAAUUGAAACUGGAAAUGGGAUUUUUCAUUUGGAACAUGUUCUAGUGGAGCAACACUGUCAUCUCAUUUGGUUUGUGACUGGACACGUAGAUGGACUGGAAACAUAUACUAUUUCUUACAUAAGCCCUGUACAAGUAUAUUGUCUAUGUAUAUUGUCCACAUGUAUGUUUGUGUGCAUACAUAAUUUCAGUCAACAGCUAUUGUAGCGGAUGAUUCUGGAUCAGACUUCUUGGGUACGUGUUUGAAAGUAGAUUGUUUGAUUCAUGAGCAAACUUGACAGCAGACACUUGACUGAGAAUGGUGACAGAGGUCAGAGAUUGCUUGCCCACGUAACUCCAUUCACCAGUGAAUGUGCCAUGAGUUCCAGGAAGCCCGUUCUGUGAUUCGUUCAAGCCUAUUUCAAGAUUUUCCAUAUCCCGGACAGGUUUCGCUGGACUUUGAAACUGACACACUGUAAAUAUUACUUAAAGGUGACAUAACCCUUUGCAAAGUUCAGACACUGCUUUCACACUUUAAUCUAAACAGAAUUAUUUUACCUGAUGGUCAAUAAAUUCAUUUAUGCAAUC